CAAGGAGUCGCAGGAGCCGCCAGCGAGUCUCUCUCCGGCCUCUCUCACGUCCAUGGGCAACGCGUGCAGCCUUGGCAGCGGCGCGCCCAUGGACGACACAAAGCCUCUCCCCAGCACCGACCCGGCGGUCGAAGAUCCGGACGACGAUGGCGCCGCUGUCAGGCCGUGGUACCAGCGGCCGCUGCCGCUCACGCCUGUCACUCGGAAGUCUGCGCAUGAGCUGACAGCAGCUGAGGAGGAUCGGAUCCUCGCGGCGUGGCUUCGCAUGAUGCGCAACGAGGACGGCCCGGGCACGUCCCGUUAUUUUCGUCUCGCGCUGAUCCACGGAGGGUCGAGCUGGCCAUCCACCCACCUCGCGGCGAUGCAGAACCCUGUGCCGAGUUACUGCACGCACGGAGUGGAGUGCUUCCCGAACUGGCACCGGAUCUACAUGCUCGAGUUUGAGCAGACCCUCCGCCGCGCCGACCUGGAAAACGGCGGCGACGGCAACAUCGGCCUGCCUUAUUGGGAUUGGACGCGCCAACCUGAGGGCGGUCCGUUUCUCCCUUCGCUGGCGCAGCGGCUGAUGGCGACGAACGAGUAUGACGGCGUCCCGUCCGAAGGCGGCCUCUUCCACGCAACCUUCCUGCCGCUCGACCAGCAGGGCAACCAGCUGGCGCCGCGGGAGGAGGACGGCACCCUCUUCUACAAGACCAACCCGUGGAACAGCCGCGUCGACGCGGAGCUGCGCACGUACUGCCUGGAGUGGUUCGGCGUCGGAGAGAGCCUGCAGGCCUACCUCGAGAUGAGCGACCCUCGGCGCGCCGCCCUUGCGCUCGACGCGGCACCGCACGGCUCUGUCCACGUCGCCGUCGGCAGCCUCGGGCGGCGCGAAAGGGGGACCGAGAUGGUCGGGCAGGUCCCGACCGCGGGCUUCCACCCGCUCUUCUGGCUGCACCACUGCAACGUCGACCGCGCCUACGAGUCCUUCCUCCAGACCCCGGCGGGGAGGGGGGCGGAGGCGGCGUUCUACGCCAACCGCUUCCUUGAUGGACGCGAGGCGGGCUUCCCCGACGGGCAAUGGGGCCGGUGCGAGCCGUCUGCGGUGUCCGCAUGCACUCCACGCCACCUCGCCGGGUGAACAGCGCCUCGGUCGCUCGUGUGAAUAGGUACGAGCCGCUUCCACGAGGAGGUGUGUACAGCGCCUCUUCACACCUACAGCUGUGAGUAGGUACGAGCCGUUUGGCGUCAACCCGCGCACCCGCGAGCAGUACGCAGGACGCGACACCUUUGACAUCGCCCUUCUCGGCUACAGCUACCCACCCGGCGGACUGUACACGCCCGCCAGCCUCCAGGCGCCGAGGCCGCGCGGGGUGUUGUUGCCUGGCUCGCCCGGGCCGGUGGAGCUAGCAGGCCCCCCGGGCCCCGUGCCAGCGAGCGCGGUCUUCCGCGACGUGGUCAAGCUAAAGGUCGACGGCUCCAAGGCGCUCUUUGUGUACGCGUCGGACGCCGACGCAUCGGGCGGGGGAGGGCUGCUUGGCUGGGUGGCCGGUUCGUUGGGAUCGCCUCGCGAGUGGCGACCGCCAAAGAGCCUCGCCGACCAGGCCCCGGAGGCGCUGCAGGCGCUGCCUGGGUUCGUCGGCGCCGCGUCGCUCUUCUGCCUGCCCGCCGCGGACGUGGUCAAGUGCGACAACUGCCUGCGCAACGCGCCGACCACCACCGCAUCCGUCGACAUCACGCGCGCCCUCGCCGCGCUUCGGAUCCCGCGCGAGCGCGUCCGGCUGCACGCCGUGGCGUACGACAUUGCCACGCAGACGGCGAUGACCCUCGAGGCCGAGAUUAGCCGAGAUUCGCCGAGAUUCGUCGAGAUUCGUCGACCGAUUUGCAGACGGCGGAUGACCCUCGCGGCAAGAGGGGUCGCCAGCGGCCAUUCCUCCAGCGUUGGGCCUCUCAUCUUCACGCGCGCGAGCGUGUGAAUAGGCGGCGGGCGUGCCGCAGCCCAUUCUCUCUGACUGCAGUAGCCACGUCGCCGAGGAGGAGCCGACCCCGAGCUGAGCAGAGCCGUGCCUACGAAGCUUGCCACCAUCUCCUCGAGGUCUCGAUGCCUGAUGACUUGGGCUUUACGAGAGUUUCCUCUCGCACCCUGCCUGGUUUCCUUUCCGUGUUUGCUGCUAGUUUCCCUACAGCACCCUCUAGUUUCCUUGGGAAACUCCGUGGAAAUCAUCAAUUUCCCGGGCUCUGAGCCGAGUCUGAGGCUGGUUUGGGCCCCAAAUCAGCCAAAUCGGCAAAAUACCGGGGUAUUUUGCGGGUAUACCUGGAAACCCCCGGAU